AUGCAGUACACUCCAGUUAUCCCGCCUGUCCCUGGCCCUCAAGGCGGUCCGUCAUCGCCCGGUCACCCUCCCGUUGUUCCCUUUUCUCCCCCCAGCCAACCCGCUUCAGCUCCUGCUUGGAGUCCUCAGCCACAAUACAUGUCUCCCUACGUCGGCCCCAAUAUGUAUGGAGGGGCUCCUGGAUCGUAUUUCAUCCCGCCCGUAGCUCUCCCUUCUCAGUCAGGUGCGAAUCCACCUGUCGCCCCGGUGGGUGCUUCUGGUAUUCACCCUGAUUGGACAGGCUUCCCUGCUGGGAGUAUGUCGGGCUCGCCUUAUACGCAUCCCGCUUCACCCGGCUCGCAUCCACAGACUCCGUAUAUGGCGCCCCCCACAACUUACAACGCAUUCAAUCAGCAGCUCCCUCACGGGUUCGGUGGCCCUCACCAAGGCAUGCCUGGCAUGUGGAUGCCACCGAUGACGUAUACGCCUUUCGCCAUGCCUGGACAGAUGCCUGGUGGUAUGCCACCUGGUAUGCCGCCUGGUAUGCAUCCUGGUAUGCAUCCUGGUAUACACCCCGGAAUGGCUGGUGCAUGGGGUACGCCAUUCCCUGCACCUGGUGCUGGAGGGCUUCCACCACAGGCAGGUCAAGCUCCUCCGCAGGUUCCCGCACAGACCGGAAAUGCACCACAACCACCCCGGCCUCUCCGACCUCAGGACGCUAUUGAAUUCGACAAAGUAGAUAGGUUCGCUGAAGGCCCUCAUUACGGACCCGUUCUCGACCCGAUGCUUAUCAAAAAGGUCAAAGCAAAGAUGUUACUCAAUCCUCUGUUAAUGCCGCCUCCGGAAGAAGAAACCCGCGAUUAUAUAAAAUGGAACAUGCUCUUCUCGACGGCGCAGUGUCAGCGCUCUUCUGACCCUGCGCAUCGAUCAUGGGCGAGAGGCCGAUCGGCUCCAGCAACCUGGCCCCGAGUGACUUCUCUUCGUCUCAUUUCUGCGUCAAUACCCUGGCCCAUCGAAAUCACGGCUUCAGACUCGUCGCUCGGAGUUACAUGUGGCGAUGUCAUUGAAGGUAUACAAUCAUAUAUGAACGGACGAGUCGCACAGUCCCAUUACGAUUUCGCGACCGAGACGCAGAAACGCAUACUCUCCGAGGCCUUCUACUUUAAUCGCUCGACGGCACAUGGCGUCCCUGGGGGUCGCCUUCCGCAGACGCUUCUCCGUUUCGAUUGGCUUGGGCAGGAUACCAUGUUCGGUGGCAUAGUCGCGGAUGAUGCUUACGUGAAGGAAGUUUGCGGUGCCCUUCUGCCAUGCAUUUUCGUCCUGCAGUGUAGGCGGAGAUACCCGAUGACAGAGCAGGAGAUUGAAGAGCAAGAGCGCCGAGAAGCUGAGGCAGAUGCUCGUUCACAGUCAAGACGAAGAGCGAGAUCUAGAGCUACGUCAAGGGCCACGUCGCGUGCGCCCUCUCGAGGUUCAAGUCGACCGCCCGAGGACGACGAAAACGAUGAAUAG